AUGAGCGGGCUAACACGAUUGGGCCAUCUCGUCUCGGAUGAGGGCAUUCUGGCUUCUCCUGCUUCAAUGGCAGCGUAUAUGAUUUAUGCGCCGGAGUGGAGUGGGACGUGUGAGAGUUACAUCCGGACGAUUAUUGGAGAUAAUGUUGAGAAGUGGGUACUAUCCCGAGUAUCUAGCCGCUUACUAUCUAGUUGGGUCUUGACAACAUUCCUCGACAAUGGAUUCACCGUCCCCGAUCUAGGAGCAGAACAAGUCAGUAUCAUCACCGACUUCUUCAAACAGCAAUUGCACAAGAACGGAAAGAUUCUAGCCCUGGACUUGGCAAAGGAUACAACCAAGGGGAUAGCGGCGAUUGAGAAGGGGGAAAAGUUCAUCGCUGGAUGGAUUUUGAAUGCCACGUCUGAUCGGGUCUGA